CGACCAGGCAGCUGAUAAAAGGAAGAAGAAGGCCAACAUUGAGAGGAUUCGAGUUUUGGAGAAAGAGAGCGAUUCCUAGAGAGAGAAAGUGACGAGCAAGAGUUCCCAAGUGCCCUAGAUUGAUCUUCAACACCAUUGGAGGCCAGUUUGAGCUUGGAGAAGUGCCGAUCAACGUCCAGAAACAGGAAUCCAUCCUUCGCAGUAUGAAUUCCGUGUCUGAUUCUGCUUUUGCUUUCUUCUCUAUGGAGUAGUUCUCCCAUUCAUCUGGGUAUGGAGAACCCUAGAUUUGUAUGUUAGGCUUUGAUUGUAUGAACCCAAGUACUGAUUCUAUGAUUGAUUAUAUUCGAUUGAGGUUUUAACGAUUGAAUGACUUGAAUCCUGAUCAAAUUCCUGUUGUUUCUGCUUUAACCUAGAAUGAGAAUAUCUGCCUAGGUUAAUAGAGUAUCCUUGAUUGAAGGUAGGGAGUUGGUGACUUUAGUCGAGGAACCAACUCACUAUUCUGUACCGGAUUUACUCCGGUAGUGGAGGUUUUGUUCUUAGGGACUCAAUCUGUCUACUCCGGUGGAGGUUAGUCGCCCGCUAGAGAUUCAGAUUGAGAGGGUCUGAAGACCUUUAGUCGAGACUUCAGGCUGUUUGAGAACCUUCCGCAGUAUAACCAUCAUAGAAACUGAACUUGGUAAUUACAAUCCGGCUUAACUGCAGUCUAGGGGGAACCAUAUCCGGGUGACCUCUUUAACCUGAAUACAACAGUUUACUUGCUUUGUUAGUUUGAUAGUUUAGACUUGCAUGCCAGUUUCAUUGCUAGAUAACAAGAAUUCACUGAGUAGUCAUCACAUCUAGGACCCGGGUUGAUAAUUAAACCCAAACCCGCUAUACUACGCUUUAGGAAGUGGUUUCACUUGGCCAAUUCCUGGAGUGACAGUAGAGUCGAGUCACUAUGCGUCGAGUUUUUCAGCACCUUCACCAUACGCAAGAGUCUAUGCCUACUCGGUCAUCCAGUAAGUCGGGUCGAGUUUUGAUUGGGAGGGGAACCUCGCAAUUUGAGCUAUGACAAGCUAGCCAGAGCCCCCAGAGUGGAAGCCAAACAUAGGGACGAGUGGGAGGAAGAUGCCAUAUGAAGUUUUGACGUGAAUGUCGCGUUUCUGAAGUUUUGUCUUCCAAAGUAUCGAAGGACAAAGUUCAAGUCGGCCCUCACAACGACAUCCACACUCCAGCUCCAAUGACGUGUCAUGGUUGCACUCCUGGCUCGUUCCCUCUACCCGGCUUACCACAAUCCGAACAAGAUAACCGAGAGAGUAUUAUUGGCUUGUGCUUGCAUGGUGGACCGGUCUAGCACUUUGCACCUGGGGCCAGUCAUGGCCACUUCUUUUGCUAGGGCCAAGGAGGGAACCCCGUCGUUAUGUCACAUCAAUGGGUCCGUUCAUCACCCGCCUUGCUAGAUAUUUCGAUGUCAGCCUUUCAGGGUGCUCGAAAGAGGGAGGCACCCAGAGAUUUGACGAGGGCACUCUUUACUCCAUGCGCUUAUUGCGCACCUUUGGCCCAAUGCGGUACAUCGAGGGAUUGAGUCCUAACCCCGAGGUCCCGCCAGCAGCCGAGCAGCCACCUGCUCAUGCACCCGACCGCCGCCUCCCAGCUCUCCAGCGUCCUGCACAGCAGCCACCACCACCACCACCAGCAGGCGAUCCCCUUGUCUAGAGGGUGGAUUGCCUUGAGACGAGCUUCAUGGGAUUCUCAUCCCGUCUCGACCGGCAGUCCGACAUCCUCGAGCUUAUGGCUCACCACCUGGGUAUCCUACCCGAUGUUGGAGAUGGUCCUUCCACCAGAGAGAGGUAGAUGACGAGUGAGACAUGUGGCAGAGCGGAGUCCUUUCGCCCCACUUCUCUACUUGUAACCCUGAACUUGUUUUGUUUUUAUUUUUAUUUGUGUGUGUGUGUGUGUUUGAACUACUACUACUAUGUAUUGUGCUUGUAAUAACCUUGCCUCGAGCGAGUCGUAUUGUGUUUGUGUGUGUUGUUUUUUUGUCUCUCCUUGAAGCUCAAAUUAUCCUACCCCGGUUCGAUUCCAACCUUCACUCACCAAGCCCAAGCGGUAACAUCAUUGUACCCCUUUCUUACGCCAUUGAGGGCAAUGCCAAGUUUAAGUGUGUGCGGGGAGGGAAGGGUAGUUUACUAGUAUGCUUGUGUGGGUGUGAUGAUGCUUGGAGCCUUUUGUAUGCCCAAAUUUCAAAAUUUGAGGGCUCCAAGAAAUGUUUGUAUGAUCAAAGUGGCCGGAUGGUGGGAAAUUCUCGUGUUUAUGGGCAUUGAUCUUGAAUUGUUGCAUGUGAUUGAGUAUAUCCUAUGAUGAUGACUGGGAAGUUCAUUAGGAUAGGGCAAAAGUUUAGUUCUCAGAUGUGCAUAAAUGAAUGGAUGUCUUGACUUGAUCACUUGUUACUUACAAUUGCCAUGCAUCGUGUUUGUGAAUUGGAGUAGAUCGUUGGGUAACUAGGUAGCCUAUGAGCUUUGAGCCUAUCGUUUUCUUCCGAUGUGAUAGUUCCCUCUUACCAUGGUGUGUAGCAUCACAAGUUGUCACUGCCAAGUAUGAUGGAGGCAUAGGAUGUGUCCAUGCCCAAAUGUUGAUUGUCCCGAAAUGUAUCAUCCUUUAGUCAACCCCUAUGAGCCUUGUGACUUUGUGGGUCGUUCUCAAUUUAGUAGCUUCGUGCAUGUGAGCGUAAAGGUGUUAGUAGAACGACCACCAAUCCUUUCUUCGUGUCUAAACAUGAGUUGCCUGUGUGUUCCGGAGCUCUCACCUUUGAGUCUCCAUAGAUGUUCUGUAACAUCCCGGCAUUUUGGUUCAGGUUCGACUAUAAUAAGUGAAUGGUUGGAUCGCCUGUUACGUACACACAAAUCAAAUCAAACCGGAUCAAAUCAAAUGCAUCAAGACCCAACUAAUAAUUUAGCGGGGUUAAGAUCGGAUGGGCCACAUUCAAGUGACUUCCUUUUUAUUGUAAAAAUGGACGUUUGACUCGAGUAAAAGAAGGGGGAGUGGAAGACGGUUAUGGUGGUAAAUGAAUAGAAUGCAUACUCAUUUAUAUUACAUAAAUACGUAACUGAAUUGGUGGAGUGAGUAGGGAGGAGGGCGAUCCGCAUCCUCCUUACGUUAAGGUUGGAAAGAGAAUAUCGAUGGUCUUUCCCCACAUAAAAUACGGCCGGGGGAUUGGGGAGAGAGACAAGGGCGGCAAUGCAAAGGGGUAGGACGAACAGAGUUGUUGGACUAAUCGUCCCUCGUUGGAGGAGAAGAAAGCCCGAGACGAGAAGUGAUGGUCGGGGUCAUCCCCGGUUGAGUGACGACGGCGAUGGAUCAUGGACUCCGACAACGGGUUCCAGGGACGAUCAAGCAAGGAGCCCGCAAAUAUCCUUGACGUCGGUGUGGAUCCUUAAAGAGUCAGUGAAAGAGGAAUCGACGAGAUGGGUCCAACGAGAACCCGACUGUCGUGCGAUUGGAAGGCACAUACGUGAGCUGGUUAUGGGCUGCCUUCAAGAAACUACGACUGAGUCG